AUGCCGCCCAAGAAGCUGCCACUAAAGGCGUCGCAGCAGAAGCCGCAAACACGGACGCCACAGACUACUCCAAUACAAGCCCACAAUGCAUCUCCCAUUUCCACUCCCACCAGCACACUAGCCAUCCCCGAGCGUGACAUGAAGAAAAGCUCGUCUGUAAGUGCCCAGCUCGCCCUCGAAGUCGCGAAGAAAGCGUACGAAGUCCGUCAAGUAGCGUACGGCGCCGCCGACCCCAACGCCCGCGAAGAAAUCCUGGCCACGGCCAUCAAUAAGGAGAUCGAGGCCGAGUCCUUCGGUAAGGCCGCUAAGUAUAGCCGGUUAGGCGCUUUUCGGGGCCUUAUAGCCGGUGCGGGCCUCGGCGUCUAA